AGCAAUUCGUCUUUUAUCUUUCAAACAAUCACUCAAUAAAUACAGCAAGUAAUCACAAUGCGUUUCCUCAGCAUCUUCGCCGCCAUCGUUGCCCUCACCCCCGCCGUGAUGGCAGGGGGCCAGAACCCCAAGAACUGUCUUGAGGAAUGUCACCCCUACAGCGCUGGUUCCGAUCAGUACUGUGAUGCUGCACACCCGGCUCUUUACCGUGAAGGCCCUGGCUGCUUCAAGUGCUGUGAGUCCGUUUAAUCAGAUUGCCGUGAGCUGGGACCGCAUGUUUAGGAGUCUCCUGAGUUGAGGGUUGGGGGUUGAGGAUUUGAUGUUUCGCAGUUAGCUUUUUGGGGGGUCUGUGUUGUAUUGUAUCUGUUGAGCGACUAUCGAGGUCUACUAUGCAAUCUGUUUAUUGGUGUGUCAUUGGGAUGCCUAGAAGCA